CUCCCUGCCCGCUCCAUAAAAGCGGGAAGGGGGCGCUGCGCCUCCAGUCGCCGCACAGUCUCUCCGCCGUUGCGCCGCUUCUGCAAGAGCUGCAAGCGGGCUGUCUGCAUCGGCUGGAAAGGAAGACCAAUAGUUACCAAUGGAUAUACUCUGGGAAUAAUUAGAGAGGAGACGUUUUAACCCCUUUCCUGCUAGCCAAACUCUACAAGCAGCAUUGCCUCUUUGCUCUCUAGAAAGCAGCUCCUCCCUCCUGGGAAUCCAGACUACAUUCCCACCACAAUAUGCUUUCUAAAAUGGCAGCACUUCACCCUGGCUUCCUUCACUCUCAAGUGUGCAAAAACCCAACACUCUUAAGGACCAUCCUCUUCGGGAAUCGUGUUACGCGACCUUGCUCUGCAUUGGAUUUGGAGACUUUUAGCAAGAGAGGAACUGUGGAUAAAGCUGUUCGGGAUUCUAUACUUGGUGCUGCGGUUGGCCUGGGUGUGGCUGUGGUGGGCAUCCCGGCCGCAGCUGGCGCUUUGGGUUUCACUGCUGCAGGAAUUGCAGCUGGUUCAAUUGGGGCCAAAAUGAUGUCUGCUGCUGCCAUCGCAAAUGGAGGCGGAGUGGCCGCUGGGGGCGUGGUUGCCACCCUGCAGUCCAUUGGGGCUGCAGGGGUGCCGGCCGCCGUGUCGGCAGCAAUAACAGCCACAGGAGCAGCGCUGGGAGCCUUAAAGGACCUUUGCAGUUGAGAGGCCAGCGGGGACCCCCCCCCUUCCAUGAAAUUAGUUUUGACUGUCAAAAGGCCUCUAGAGAAACCUGCUUGCAGAGGAAACGGCUGUUCCUUCUUACCUCCUUGCUUGAAUUAUUGUAGUUAAUAGCCUACUUCCUCCUAGAUUUGUUCAACUGCUUUUCUUGUAAUAAAAAUAUCUUUUUGUCUCAGUUUA